UACCAUACAAGGCACAUAAAUAUGUGAAACGAAACGUUUUAGUUUAAUAUGGCAACCCCGCAGCUGACCACCCAGCUCGGGCCUCUUUCUCGGUUUACCAUGUGACCUGUAAAUACCUUGUAUUUUGGAAAGUGCAUUUAAUAAAAGUUUAUUCAUGUCUUUGAACCCAUAGUUUCAUUGAACAUGAAAAUGGUCCUUCGAAAGACCUAAAUUAAUAUUUAGAGUCAGUGCCAUCAACAUAUUUCGUGUUAUUUUGGCGAUUGAAAUAUUGCCCCUUGGGUGAGCUAUCGUCGUGGUCGUGCUAUAACGCGACCAACUUCAAUACGCGCUGCUAUACAGUGCGUGUUACCAGCGCGGUGUCUUAUUUUCGUCGGGCGGUUUACCUGCAGCGCUGCCGGCAGGGCGAUAACCCGGCCGAGUGUAAAAAUACCUGUGAUCGAGCGCGGCGACCGUACGCCGUGUUCUCUCUACGCGGGAGGGUUUCCAAUAGGCGUAAUCCGGCGGAGUGACGGAGCAUGUGUCUUCGAACGACUAUCGAUCGUGUGCAGUGAUCAUUUUACACGGUAGGAUUAUAUUGAAAGAAUCCUAUCUCCAUAUUGAAAGAAGCCGGAACGGAGCCUGCUAUACGAAAGUGCCGCGUGGUUAUUGUGAAUAUAAUUUGUGUAUUUGGUAUUAUACCAUAAAAAUUCUUUGUGCUAUUUCUAGUGCAAAUUGAAUAUCAAUAUGGACGACUUAAAAAGGCUGGUUGCCUGUAGAGGCCAGUGUAAAGGAGUCAUUACGAAAACUGAGAGAUUUCUCAGCGGUGUGAGCGCCGAUUUAGAUUUGGAGCUAAUUAAAGUGAAAAAGGAGCGACUUAUUUCGGCCUUUAACCAGUACUCGGAGACGACGAUCGAAAUCCAAAUAGUGGACCCCAAUGACAAAGAAGAUUUUGACGCCGUGGAGGACAAGUAUUGUCAAUUGUUAGCCAAAUUAAAUCUUAAGUUAAGUGGCAUCACGGGCGCAAACGAAAAAAAGGCAGCAGCAUUAGAAACACUGUCGCAGACCUCGAGCCCUCAACAACAUGAGCGGCCGAGGAGGGUCUCUCUGGCCACUAGUCGGGAGGCAAGUGUUGAAAAUAAAAAGAAGAAAAUAAAAUGUAAGUACUGUAACUCACAGGUACAUAGAUUAUAUAUCUGCCCUAAAUUUAAAUUAGCCAAUGCUACUGAAAGGGUACAAUUUAUUAAAAGGAACAAAGGUUUUUGUAAGAUUUGUCUUAAUGAGCAUGAUGAAAAGUGUAAGUUUAAUUUUAAAUGUGCGGUGUGUAAAGCACCUCAUAACACGCUUUUGCAUCAGGACACUCAAGUCUCAGAGUCUUUUGAAGAGGACAAAACACUGAGCUUGCCGUCGACUAGUAAGGUAACCCUAGUCUGUAGUAAUCAGAAAGAAGAACUUUUGCCCAGCAUUGAGGUACUAGUAAAGGCAAAAGAUGGUACCUAUAUUAGGACUAGAGCAUUACUAGAUGGCUGCAGUCAAGUGUCAUAUGUUGUGGCAAGCUUGGCUAAGAAACUUGAGUGUGCUACAUAUUUGGAAAGUAAUGCUGCAACGGGGAUAGGCAAGGGAACAAGUGUGUCUAAAGAGAUGGUAGAAUUUAAUGUAAAGUCAUGCAUAAAUGAUUUUAAAUUGAAAGUUAAAUGUAGUGUUGUGGACGAAAUUACAGAUCCUCAGCCUCAAUUUAUAGUCCAACGAGACAAAUUAAAUAUUCCAAGUUAUGUUAAACUUGCUGAUCCACAAUUUGACAAACAAGCACCUAUUACUAUUUUAUUAGGCUGUCACUACUUUUUUCAGACGCUGAAGCACCAAGUCCGGCAGCUUAGUUUGGAUGGUCCGUUCCUAGUCAGCACCCAGUUUGGUCACGUCAUUGCAGGGGCGGUGCCCACUGUGAAUGCGGUAACACAGAAAACAUGUUUGUUUGCUGUGAAUAAGGUCAGUCAACCUCAUUCUGUUUUUGACUCUGAGUCGAUGCAACUUGAAACAAGCCUUAAAAGGUUUUGGGAGGCAGAAAAGGUUCCAGAGCUACUUCCUGAAGCAAAUACAGAACAGGAGCUUGCUGAAACUAUUUUCAAGGAGUCAGUUAUUUUAAAUAAUGGCAAAUUUCAAGUUGCGUUGCCUUUAAAAUUACCAAUGACCAAACUGGAUUUAGGCGACUCAUUUUCAAGUGCAUUGCAGCAAUUUCUAAAUUUAGAAAAAAGAUUAUUAAAGGAUGAUUUACUUUAUAAAAAAUAUAAGGAUUUUAUUAAUGAAUAUCUUGACUUAGGCCAUGCUGAGGUAUAUGAUAUUUCAAAAUAUGACUUAAAAAAUGAUGCAGUUUUCUUUCUGCCGCAUCACCCUGUAUUUAAUGACCGGAGCAAAACUACAAAGCUGCGCGUAGUUUUUAAUGGAAGUAUGUUAACAAAAAGCGGAGUGUCACUAAAUAACGUUUUAUUAAACGGUCCUAUAGUCCAACGUGACUUAUUUGAUAUUUUGAUACAAUUUAGGCUUACGAAAUUUACAUUGCUUGCGGACAUAAAGCAGAUGUUCCGACAAAUUUUAAUUGAUCCUAAAUAUAGGUCGUUGCAAAAUAUCCUGUGGAGGGAAUCCGUUGACACCCCCAUUCAAUGUCUGCAAUUAAAAACGGUGACUUAUGGCCAAAAAAGCUCUUCCUUUUUGGCCACGAGAUGUUUGCUUGAAUUAGCACAUAGAUUUGGAGCAGACUUUCCGCUUGCGGCGGAAGUUCUGCAUAAGCAGACAUAUGUAGAUGAUGUUAUUACCGGACAUGACGAUAUUGACACUUUGUCAAAAAUAAAGGCACAGUUAAUAGACUUGCUUAGGUUAGGCGGGUUCGAAUUACACAAGUGGUGCGCGAACAGCGAUUGGUUAUUGAGGGGAAUACCUCAGGAUAAAUUAAAUUUUAACGAUAACGUAAAUUUGGAUAAAGAUGAGGUGUUCGUGAAGACUCUCGGCCUGUCUUACAAUGUCUCUGCUGAUAAACUGGUUGUUAACUGUCCUGAAACGAAUGUGCAAGAAAAAUAUACUAGAAGGCAAGUGUUAUCCUUCAUAAGUAAAUGCUUUGAUCCUCUGGGAAUUGUAGGCCCAGUGUUUGUUUAUUCAAAAAUUAUAUUACAAAAAAUUUGCAAAUUGCAACUGUCAUGGGAUGAUUAUCUCCCAGCAGAUUUAAAUGAAGAAUGGAAGCUAUUUGCUAGAAAUCUUAUUGAAAUGUCAAGUAUAAAAAUAAAUAGGCAUAUUGAUGUCAGGCGUGCUCAAAAACUGGAAUUGAUUGGAUACGGAGAUGCCUCAAACCUGGCUUAUGGUUGUGCGGUAUAUUUAAGAGUAAUAAAUAUUGAUGGCAGUGUUUCCGUCAAUUUAUUAUGCUCAAAAUCCAGAAUUAGUCCAAUCAACAAGGAUUUGAGUACGCCGCGAUCGGAAUUAAAUAGUGCUUUAUUACUGGCUAUGCUAGUAAACAGACUGUAUAAUCUCCUCAAAGAUAAAUAUGAGCUUAAUGUAUAUCUAUAUUUAGACUCAAAAAUUGUGCUUGCAUGGCUGGACAUACAACCAAUAAAAUUGCAAGCGUACGUGGCAAAUAGGGUAAAAAGGAUAAAGGAGCUUACAUGCAAUUUUCAGUGGUUCUAUGUUCCAACUGACUCCAACCCUGCUGACUGUAUAUCGCGAGGGGUGCAACCACAUUUGUUGCAAUCAAACCAUUUAUGGUGGCAUGGCCCUAAUUAUUUAAAAGGGUUUGAUUAUGAACAUAAAAAGACAAAUUUGGGGGCACGUUUGGACGUACCAGAAUUAAAAGGCACAAAUAAGACGUGUCAUGUAAAUGUGAAUGUAAAAAGUCAGUUUAACUUUAUGUCAAAGUACUCAAACAUUGAUAAAAUAAAAAGAAUAAUGGCAUAUGUUUUAAGAUUUUGUAAAAAUUGUAGACUUAAUGUUGCAAACAGAAACAAGAGUGAAUUUUUGCCUACUGAAUUUGAUAAAGCUUUAAAUACUGUUAUUAAAAUUGACCAACAUCAUAACUAUGAAUCUGAAAUCGCCUCUAUAAAGGCCCAAAAGCUUGUAAAGGGCAGUCUUAGCUCCUUAAAUUGCUUUUUAGACAAAUAUAAUAUGUUAAGAGUAGGUGGUCGCUUACAAAAUUCUGAGCUAUCCUACUCAACAAUACACCCAAUUGUGUUAGUUAAAGGCUCACAUAUCACAAAAUUAAUCAUACUCAAAGCCCAUAAAGAUUUAAUGCAUACUAGCCAAAAGGGAAUAUUAGCUCAUUUAAAUCAAAAAUAUUGGUUAAUUGAUGGUCUUAGAGAAAUUAAAGGUGUAAUCCAUAAAUGUAUUAUUUGCUUUAAACUUAAGGCUAAAAAUGCAACCCAGCUGAUGGGAUCUCUGCCUAAAGAGAGAGUGCGUGUAGCAAGAGUAUUUGAGAAGGUCGGUAUUGACUAUGGUGGACCCUUCACAUUAAAGUUUGCUCGCGUUAGAAAGCCAGUGCUUUAUAAGGGAUAUGUGCUAAUUUUUGUGUGUUUUGUCACAAAGGCUAUUCAUAUUGAGCUUGCCUCAGACAUGACUACUGAAAACUUCCUCAGCUGUCUAAAACGUUUUAUAUCGCGUCGUAACAAACCGUCUCAAAUAUUUUGCGACAACGCUAGCACAUUUCGAAGUGCCAAUACGCAGUUACAGGAGCUGUAUCAGUUACAAAACUCGUCUGAGCAUAAGAGUGUAGUUUAUAAUUAUGCAGCGGAUAAUCAAAUUGAAUUUAAGUUUGUGCCUGCAUAUAGCCCCGUCUUUGCCGGUCUGUGGGAGGCAGGUAUAAAAUCUAUAAAGUAUCACCUAAAAAGAGUUGUAGGUAACAGCGUAUUGACAUACGAACAAUUAAAUUGUGUAUUAAUUCAAAUUGAGGGAAUUUUAAAUUCUCGGCCCAUCACUAGUAUGUCAUCUGACCCUAAUGGUAUGUCAUGUUUGACUCCUGCGCAUUUUUUGACAGGAGCUUCACUAACAGGUGUACCAGAACCUGAUUAUGUAAAUGAACCUGUUCACCGCCUUUCCUUUUGGAAGCAAUGCCAGCAAAUCCAACAGAAUUUCUUUAAGCAAUGGUCAAAACAAUAUUUAACUAUGUUGCAGAAUCGUCCUAAAUGGAAGGGUGAACAGCCAAAUUUGACUGUGGGUUCAUUGGUCCUGUUAAGGUCAGACAAUAUAGCACCCUUAAGAUGGCCAAUGGGUCGAAUAGUAAACGUUUAUCCAGGGAGAGACAAUAAAGUCCGAGCCCUUGAUGUUAAAACAUCAAACGGCUACAUAAUGCGUACUAGCAUUAUGAAAGUAUGCCCUCUUCCUAUAGAGUAGUAUUUGUUUUAGAUUUAAGUACUUUAGUUACUUUCUCAUUUCCAUUCGGAAUAUUUUUUGGUGGUGGGAGCACUUCAAAUUCUGAUACAAGCAUUUAGUUAAGUAUUGUAAUACUCACAUAAAUGAGUUUUAGAUAUAAAUAAGAUACCUAUAUCAGUAAAAAAAAAUGUUUCUUGGUAUUUAAAAAUGUAAUUACUACAAGCCUUUGUGCGGGCCGCAGCUUAUGUACCAUACAAGGCACAUAAAUAUGUGAAACGAAACGUUUUAGUUUAAUAUGGCAACCCCGCAGCUGACCACCCAGCUCAGGCCUCUUUCUCGGUUUACCAUGUGACCUGUAAAUACCUUGUAUUUUGGAAAGUGCAUUUAAUAAAAGUUUAUUCAUGUCUUUGAA